UAAAUGAGAGAUAUUCUGCUCAUUGAGAAACGUGAAAUUUCAUUUAAUUGAAUGUUGUACUUAAUUAAAGAUUUCAACCAUUGUGUAAUUCCUCAUAAUGAAAUCAAUAAAAAAUUGGAGUAUUAUUACAUGUAAAUAAAAUUUGAAAUAUCAGAAAUAAUAGGACAUAUCUCAACUAAGAUUGCUGAGGAAGGCUACCACUAGAACAUCACAGAAUAAUGGAAUUCCUAUAUGAUGAGAACGAAACUUGGACUAAUGGAAGUAAUAUGACAUAUUUAAGCCAAGACUUUCAAAUGCCAAGUCUACCUAGAUGGGGAUUCUGGACAAAAUUUCUCUCUACGCCAAUUAUUGUACUCGUAGGAAUUAUUGGAAACGUGCUCUCCUUCAUUGUGAUGAAGACAAAAACAUUACGUCAUAAAUCGUAUUCGCACUACCUCUGUGCCCUGGCUGUUUUCGAUACAAUGACUCUAGUUAUUCGACAAAUCGAAAGUGUCGAUGAGUAUCUCGUGUCAUACAAAGAGAGCAGUGGUAUCUUCCAGAACUUCAAUGACAGCAGUUGUAAACUUUACAAUUUUACCGUUCAUGUGAUCACGUUAAUGUGUUCAUGGCUAGUUGUGUUUAUGGCUGUGGAGAGACUUAUAGCCGUGUGCUUUCCGUUUAAGAAGGUUUAUUUCCGAAAAGAGACAGGUGCUGCAACAGCUAUAGGAGUGCUGUUUGUAAUUGUGUGCUUGACUCAAACAUUUCGAUUCCUAAUGAUUGAGCAUAGCAUGUACGAUGAUGAGAACAAUAUACAAGAUUGUUUAGCAGCACAGAAAUAUAGAGAAAUCUACACAAGUUUGGAUGUAUAUUUCUUUCUUUGGACACUUGUGUUUGUGCUGCCGGUAAUUUGCAUUAUCAUAUGUAACAGUUUUGUCUUAUAUCAUAUAUUGAGGGUGAGAAGGGAUCUUUACAAGGAAGAGAAUUACCUUACAUACAGAAAUGGAAGAGCACGUGAGGUGAAACAUAAAAGCACGUGCAUGCUUUUAAUCGUAACAUUUAUGUACAUAAUAACACUUUUACCGUUAUUCACCCUCAGUUUAAUAGUGGAUGUUACAAUUAAACUCGGCUCUCUAGAAAGGGCUCGUAACACAUAUAUGACAUUAAUCCCUUACAUUGAUUUAUCUGUAUCGGUAUCACUACUGAAUUACGCUGCCAACUUCUUUAUUUACGUUUUGUCUGGUAAACGCUUCCGUUUUGAACUGCAAAAUUUAUUCAUGAAAAAAAGACCGAUUAAAAGAUGUUUUACUGCAAGGAGUACCAGAGUAGAAUUUCUCUUCAGACGUGGUAGUUAAUAUGCAUCAUCUUUGAUAUUUUGUCGUCACAAAUAACAGGUUACUUCUGUCAAUCAAAAUUUACUUAUUUGUAUAUUGUGUUAGUAACAUAAAGAAAAUAAAACUGUAAUUUGCUCAGCAAUAACUCUUUACAUUUUAUGUCAGAUGUUCAUUUGUUUGAUUUUUCUAAAAGUGAACACAUUUUCUACAAAUAAUUGGGUCGUAAAUCUGUGGAAUAUGACAUUACCUCAGAAACAUGAGACUGAUGUAUAAAAGCAUGUAUAAGAAAAUAUCUGUUGAUACAUUAU